UGUGAGAGAGCAAAGUGUGUGUGUGUGUGUGCGCAAGGGGAGAGGGAGGGAAGGAACGAUCCCCUAAGGUUGAAAAAAUUGAAAUUGAAAUCUAAAUCUACAACUCACCACACCAUUAGCAUAGAAUACAUACAUGGCAUUUCACCUCGCAUGUCCAAUUACAUGUCGCCGAAUCUGCUUCUGUUCGUUAGGGUUUCCGCGCUCUCUUCCCGACGCGAAUGCUUUUCUCAACGACGUCGCUUUGCUCACCGACUUCAUUUCCGCCGGAACCACCGCCAAUGAUGCCACCGCCACCGUCCAGGUCGCUGUCCCCAAGGUUGUGCCGCCACCGCCUGAAGCUCUCCCCGUUGCUGGUGGUGACGCGCUUGAUGAAUCCGCCUCCAUGAAGGCCAAGCGCGUCGCGCUCCAGCGUAAGGGCGCCGCCGCUAUGAUCGCCGCUGAGGAGUACGCUCGCCGCUUUGAGUCCGGCGAUGUCCUGGAUACGCCGGGGAGUGUUACUGGAGAAGAACUGGGACAAUCCAAUGUGAAGGUCUUUUGUCGGAUGUGCAAUCGUGUUGAGAAUGAAGGGAGUGAGAGGGCGAAGAAGAUGCUGUCUUGUAAGAGCUGUAGUAAGAAAUACCAUAGGACCUGCUUGAAAAGUUGGGCUCAAAAUAGAGAUUUAUUUCAUUGGAGUUCGUGGACUUGUCGUGCUUGCCGAAUUUGCGAGGCAUGCAGAAGGACUGGUGAUCCCAGUAAGUUCAUGUUUUGCAAAAGGUGUGAUGGUGCUUACCAUUGUUAUUGUCUGCAACCUCCUCACAAGAAUGUUAGUGCCGGACCCUAUUUAUGCCCAAAACACACAAAGUGUCACAGUUGCGGAUCCAAUGUCCCUGGAAAUGGACUUAGCGUGAGGUGGUUCCUGGGAUACACCUGCUGUGAUGCUUGUGGAAGAUUAUUUGUGAAAGGGAACUACUGUCCUGUUUGUUUGAAGGUUUACAGAGAUUCAGAAUCAACACCAAUGGUUUGCUGCGAUGUUUGCCAGCGCUGGGUACAUUGCCAGUGUGAUAAUAUUAGUGAUGAAAAAUAUCACCAUUUUCAAGUGGAUGGGAAUCUGCAGUAUACAUGUCCCACUUGUCGUGGGGAAUGUUAUCAGGUCAAGGGUCUUGAGGAUGCUGUUCAAGAGCUUUGGAGGAGAAAGAACAUUGCUGAUAAAGAUUUGAUUACCAGCUUGAGGGCUGCUGCUGGUUUACCAACACAAGAAGAAAUAUUUUGUAUUUCACCAUAUUCUGAUGAUGAUGAUAGUGGGCCUCCGAAAAUAAAGAGUGAAUCUGCGCGUUCCUUUAAGUUCUCUCUAAAGAAUUAUUCAUCCAAUAACUCACCUAUGAAGAUGAAAGAUUAUGGGAAGAAAUCUUCAAGCAAAAAGACUGCUAAGAAAAAGGAUUCUCAGUCAAUGUUGACUGGUAAAAUUGACAAUAGUUUUGAAGGACAUAGUGAUGUUAAAUCUUUACAUAGCUUGGAUGAUGAUAAGUAUGAUGACAUACAAUCUCUGAGAAAUGAAGGUCCUGAUGUUUAUUCAUCACCUGCUACUGGAAGCCUGAGUCAAACUGAAGCAUCUUGCCCUAUCAAUCAGCCAGGGAUUUUGAAACGUAAGUUUGUUGAUGAGGUGAUGGUCAGUGAUGAAGAAAGGAAGCCCAGAGUUGUUCGUAUUAAAAGCAAUAAGGCACAUACUUUGAAUAGUGAAGAGGAAAGUAGAAAGCAUGGUGAUAAGACUCAAAAUGUGAAAGGGAAGAAGUUGGUUAUAAAUUUGGGAGCGCGGAAGAUUAAUGUGGCUAGUUCUCCACGGUCUGAUAAUUCAAGCUGCCAAAGAGAUCAAGAUCUGGUUACUGUUAAUGGAAAUGAAAAUAUAAGCCAUUUGAGGAAAGGAGACAAGUAUGCAUUAGAUAGACCCGAUGGGACAGGAAUACUUGUUGAUGGCAAAGGUAACAGAGUUGAUUCUGGCCAAUCAAAAAUUUCAAAGGCUUCAGGGAGAGAGGGGAAUUUUAUUAAGCUGGGAAAAGUUAAGCCUGGUGCUUCUCAAUUUAACUUGACCCCUAGUAGAGGCAAAAUGUCUGAUGGGGGUGAAAUUGUUCCUUUAGAGCGUUCUCUCAUCUCGAGGGGAAAACGUUGCACUGAUGGAAUUACUGGUCAAGUUGGAAAAGAGGCUACAUCAAGAGGUGAAAGGACGUAUUUGGGCAAGCAGUCAGAAGGCAGCUCUGAUGCAUACGAUGAAGUAGAUGACAAUAACAAUCAGACCCUGGCACGUUCUUUACCAAAAGAUUGUAAACCUUUACUGAGAUUUAAAUUAAAGAAACCUAGCAUGGAAAGUCAAAAUUCUCAUCAGGAGGAGGAAAAGACUACAAUCAAGGGCCAGAGGUCAAAAAGGAAGAGACCUUCACCUUUUAAGGAAAAAAUAUCAUUUAAUGGGUCUGACGAUACAAGUCAAUCACAUCAAGACCGUGUAAUGGAUGAGAUCAUGGAUGCCAACUGGAUAUUGAUGAAGCUGGGUAAUGAUGCAGUUGGAAAGAGAGUUGAAGUUCAUCAGGCAUCUGACAAUACUUGGCACAAAGGAGUAGUUACUGAAGUAGUUGAAGGCACUUCAAAGUUGCAUGUUACCUUAGAUGAAGGUAGGGUGGAUAUCUGCGAUCUCAAAAAGCAGGGGGUUCGUUUUGUUCCUCAUAAGCAAAAGAGAUCAAAGACAUGAACUUAGCUUAUCCACCCUUGGGGAAUCAACUUAGAUGGGGACUUUUCAUUCAUUGACUUUGAAGAUUGUUUCAUCUUUGAGGCCUCUCUUACUGAAUUUAUAUUCAUAGCCGCUCACCGUCAUGCUGAAUUUUGGGUGAAGCAUCCUCGAUUAUGGCAAUUUCAGUUUUCUUUGAAAGAAUUAACUGUUUCCACCCAAGUCCUUUUCUGGGCUAAAGGUUCUUGACCUUGAAUUUGAUUUUUUCCCCCUAUAUGUAUCUGAUUUCAUAAAGUAGAUUUAUGUCAGUGAUGUAUAGGUCAUCGAUACUGUAGAGUAGAGAAGGGCGCUAGGUGUUAGAUGUAUGAUUAAUGCUGCUAUUAAUUUUGUGAAUUGCAGGCUUCAAGAGUUUAGAUAUUGUAUUGAAAAUUGAAACUUCCUGACAUUUCCUUAAAGGACAUGGUAAUUUACUUCUAUCUUCUCAUUCUCA